UUAUCCCCUCGUCGCGCACCACCCUGCCGGACGCAAAACCUUCAGUUCACAUGCACCAGACAUCCAUCGCGGGUGCACAGCAACACGCUCUAGUGAACAAUCUUUCCCCAGCCCUUGGACUCGUCUAAGGAGUUUUGUGAAACGCCACUGUGACAGCUACGGUGUUGCAGGACGUGACGGCAGGUGGGAUGAUGAUGUCCCAAACUCAGGCCCACUGCAAGUGUGGAGGGACAGCAGGAUGUCAGGGGCGUUGCGAUGGAGCGCUGUGGUGGUGAUGAUGGCGGCUGCGGCUUUGUGUGGAGCAACUAGUCAGGAUAUACAGCUGCGGCGUGGGCAGAUGGGACAAACCAUGGAUGUGGCGGCGCAGGGGGCGGGCGUACGGCCUGGGAUGCGCCUAUAUCGGGGCCUACAGGUGCUUGGGGAGGAUGGCCGCCUGAUGACCCGCGAGGAACGGCGGCGCCUGAGGGUGGAGAGGCGGCAGGCAAGGAAGGAGAGGCGGCGCCAAAAACAUGAUGGUAGGCGGGAGGAGGCCGAGGCUGUGGCCGAUGAGCCAGAAGAGGUGGUAGACUUGGUGUGGCUACGCGCUAACUUGUCCUCGCUAUGGGAAGAGUUCCGGGCCUUCACACGCCUGCAGGAUCGACCACUGGAUGGCCGAGGCAACAGCCAGCGGGGCUAUACCAAUCCCCCGGAAGAGGUUCAAGUCCCGCUUUGCACACCAGAAGUGGACGGCUGCCGAGACUCUGAAGACGGCGAGAUAUGCAGCAACCACGGCACGUGCCACUGCGGUCACUGCCAGUGUCAAUCCGAGUAUUACGGCAGGACAUGUCAAUGCAGUGAUCACACCUGUCAGCUGUAUGAUGGCAUGCCCUGUGGUGGGCAUAGCCGCGGCCAGUGUCGGUGCGGGAAAUGUAUGUGCCGGCCUGACCACGGGGGGGAGGACUGCAGCUGCCCGACCCACACCCACGCCUGCAUCAGCCCGGGCGAUAACACGGUGUGUUCCAACAAGGGAGUAUGCGAGUGUGGCAGAUGUCGCUGCGGGGACGGGUACAAGGGAAUGUACUGUGAGGACUCGGUGUAUGCAGCGCGCGUGUGUGAGACUCUGAAGGCGUGUGUGCUGUGCAAGGCGUGGGGACGGGAACUGGCUAAAUGUGAACAGUGCCAGAUCACCAUCAGCAUCGUAGACAUGCUAGAGCCCUCGAUGACCACCUGCGUGAUGGUCAACUCUGGCUGCAUCCUCAAGUACUCUUAUGUGCCGCAGGCCGCCAAUGUGUACUCUGUGCUGCUGGAGAGGAACAACGAGUGUCCUUCCAUCAUCGAGUGAGAAGAGAGUGCGGUGUGCAUGUGUAUGAGAGCAUUGAGAUUGUAUGAAGAGCUUGAUGCUUGAUGGAGAACAGCAAAAGUGACACCAUAGAGAGAGAGAGAGAGAGAGAGAGAGAGAGAGAGAGAGAGAGAGAGAGAGAGAGAUUUUUUAACAGUGCCUCUAGUAUGUAUCAACGCACUUGGAAUUUGAAUGUACGAAUAUUUUGUUGAAAAAAAAAAAUAUAUAUACCUGAAUGAAUGUUG